ACAGAAAUAUCGAUUAUGAAAUAAAACAGUUCUUCCUUCAAAGAGUGCCAAACGCUGUAGUGCGUUACACGGGGUGAUUCAAACGUGUUUCCAUCUCAUUGGUUAAAAUAAUUGAUUCAUUAAGUAGCAAAUUAACAGAGCGAUAAGUAAAGCACUGUGGACACACUUCGAUGGCCGGCAAGAUCCAUCGUGUUAUUUGAAAUAAUUUACUUUCAGUUUCCCAAAAGGAAGUUAGCGCAAAUUAGACUGAGAGACUGGAUGUGAUCUUGUUUUCAUUGCAGUGAUCAUGGAGGCCAGAGGUGAUGAUGAGGUUGCAGAUGACCAAAAUAUUCAACUGACUAACGCUAAUGCAUGUCCCUGCGACUCCAGAGAUGAGAUGUCCAAUGAGAACAUGGAUGUGGAUGAAGAGGGUUUGUUCAAACACUCCACCACUCUCACCAACAAACAGCGUGGGAAUGAGGUUACGGUACGCCCAGCAACAUUAGACUCUCUGUCCAUACACCAGCUGGCAGCUCAAGGUGAGGUUUCACAAGUGGCUGUGCACCUGAGUAAAGACAGUUCACUGCUCAGCAAGCAGGAUGAACGGGGCUUUACACCUCUCAUGUGGGCAGCGGCGUUUGGAGAGAAAGCAGUGGUGGAUUUUCUCUUGGAAAAGGGUGCAGACCCCAAAACAAUCGCGAGGGAGCGAGAAAGUGCCCUGACACUGGCCAGCUCUGGAGGUUAUGUGGACAUUGUUGAGUCUCUUCUCAGACAUGGAGUAGACAUUAACACUUAUGACUGGAAUGGUGGAACUCCUCUUCUUUACGCUGUACGAGGGAACCACAUCAAAUGUGUAGAGGCACUCUUAGACAGAGGAGCAGACAUGACCAUUGAGUCUGACUCUGGGUACAGCCCAAUGGCCUUGGCUGUUGCUCUUGGACACAAGAAGAUUCAGAAAGUAUUGGAGGACCAUAUUCUGAAACUCUACAAGCCAACACCAACAUGACACUAGUUAAUAUAAAUAAAUGGACGGGACAGUCUGACACAGUUGAUCUCAGAUCUACAUCCACUUAUCAUUGGUGGUCAGAUGCCUAAGACCUGUGUCACAAUUAUUGUAAUAGAUCAAUACAUAUGCAGUCAUUUACACUGAGUAACCUGCAUUUUUUAAUUUAUAAAACAAUUAUUCCAUUUGUGUGCAUCACCUUGUAUGCAGCAGAAUUAUUUUUGCUUGGCUGGAGGACAGCAAAACAAAC